UUGCCAGCCAGAGUUUAAUGUGAUAUGGGAAGAUGUUCCAGUGGUUUGAACAAAUGAACCUGAUGCUUACAUAGGGAUUCAAGGGGGUACUUAGCCUUUCCCUGGAAAGAAUGGAAAAAAAGCUUAAUUCUGCUUGUUAGACCAACACACCUUUCUCAAGAAGAGUAUUUCCUCCUUCCCUCCACCCCACCCAAUAGAUCCACCCCCGGCCUUGCCUUUAAAUGCCUCCAUUCCCUUUGCUGGAGGGAAGCCUGGAGUUGCCACUGAGCAGACUUUCUACCUGUGGAGGCGAAGGGACAGGGAAGGAAGGAAGACUAUGGGGCGAUUCAUCUUUUUGACAUUCAGCUUGCUGGUCGUGGCCCUCUGCCUAAGAGGAGCCAAAGGAUAUCAAUGUCCUCUAGAUUGGCUCCCCGGGAAUGAGCUUUGCUAUAAGGUCUUCGGUGAACGGAAGACUUGGACCGAUGCAGAGAUGUUCUGCAGGAAAUUGAAGCCAGGCUGCCACCUCGCCUCCAUCCACAGCAAGGCAGAGUCAGCUGACUUGGCCGAGUACAUCACUCACUAUAUCACACGCUCAGGCCAGGUCUGGAUUGGACUGAAUGAUCCAAAGAAGAGACGCAUCUGGGAGUGGUCAGACAGAUCCUCCGUUGACUAUUUCUCCUGGGAUUCAGGAGACCCUGACAACAAAUGGAACAAUGAGUUGUGUGUCCACAUGUGGUCCCCAGCAGGAUACCUCAAAUGGAGAGAUCAGACCUGCAAUGCCCUGCAUCCCUUCAUCUGCCAGUGCAAAUACUAGUGCCAAUCACUCCUUUUCUUGCUCCAGAGUGAGCGAAGCACCUGAAGAACUCUGGAGAAGCAAUGCAGCUCUGCCAAAAAUCUCCAC